AUGGCAAAUAAUCGUUCAUUCAAUUAUUCUAUUCCGGCUGAUUUCUCAGCACUUCUUCAUUCCAACUUCAAACAAUUAAAUUCUCUUCCAUAUUUUGAUAUUCAUUUCUUGAAUGAAGAUAAGGACUGGUAUUUAUUAUCGUUUUUACGUGAACAACAACGCAAUGGACAUUCAUACGAAGUAACACUUGCGGCUUUAAAUUCUCUUGUUGGUACAUUAGCCGAGAACACUUAUUUUCGUGGUCCUGUUAAUAAUAAUGUUGGUUUUCUUAAUCAAAACCAUCAUAUUAUUGGAGAAAGUGCUUCAAAUAAAAGUGCAAUCUGUCAAGAGAUCUCAUUCGCGUUGCAAACUGUCAAUGAAAUGUUUCCUGGUCGAUAUUCAAAUUCAAUGGAGGAUCUAGACAGUGAUCACAAUACGAACAAAACAAAGCACAAGUCGAUUGCAACGGGAUAUUCUAUGGUUGUCUCAAACGCUACUGAAGUUGCCUUGUUGAAUAAUUUAACGAAAGUUAACACCAUACUAUUACAUUCUGAUGGUGAUGUUGCAUUAAACAAACUUGGCUAUUACGAUCAAGGAAAGAACGAAACAUCAGCUGGUGUCAGUCUGUUUUGUGACGCAUCUGAUGGGCUCUUCAAAGGGUUCAUUAGAGGUACAGGUGUCUCUCAAGUGAAAAUAAAUCGUCCAGUGGCAUUAUUGAAUAUGUUUGUCGCCAGUACUGGAACAAAAAUGGCUCAUAUGUUGCAACGAUUUCAUGAAACAAAAGGACAAGAUGGUGUAUUCGGACGAGUAUUUUUUACCUGGUGUCCAAGUCUUGUCGAAUUACCACCAAGCAAAACAACAAGCUUUACAAAUAUUGCAUCUUUUCCACAUUUUCCUGUUAGUGCAGCAACGUUUUUUAUCAAUGCAUUCGAGUUACGUCAUUCAACAAAUAAAUCUGAUUAUGUCAGAAAAACUUCUCAAGGUCUUCAAGAAGAAGAGCGUUUGAUGCAAGAGCGAGUCAAACAAAAUGUUACAACACCAGCGACAUAUUCAAUUGAUCUAGACGAAGAUGACAUUCAUCUUGAAGAAACCUCUGAUGCAUUUGACAAAAGCAACGAGAUAUCGUCUUUCAAAUUGAUGCAAACACUUGUCAACGACUGGUGGAAAGGUUCGCAUUUUGCCGAACAUCAUAUAAAACCUAUUCGUCGCAAAGUGAUUUACAUGUUAUCGAAAUGUAUAUGGUCUAUGAAGAUUAUUCGUAUUCUUUUCCGAUUGAUGGGCGAUAAUUUAAACACAAUUGAUCAAAAACAAGGUGAUCGAAUAACAUCGACUUCUACACCAAUUGAUCCACGAUUUCAAUGUUCAAUUGAAAAGUCGAUCGAUGAUUAUCUGAAACGUAACUGUCAACAAAAAUACAUCAUGUGGUCAAAUGAAAAUGAUAUUUCAGUUGGAUAUCAUUUGUAUUUACGAAAGAUGUCAGUUGUCGAAACACUUCUUACACUUAAACCAUUACCUGAUGCAAUUGCUGAACGUAUUGGGAAGAAAACAACCGAAAAAUCUCCGGAAGAAGUUAAACUGGACAAAGCUAUGUGCAAAGUAAUGAACUUUUCAGUCGUCUUUUUUCCUCGUCAAUAUCUUACGAACAAUACGAAAGGGGAAGGAUCCGGUCAAUUCUCCCAUUCGUCUGAUUUAAAACCUGAUCAAGUUCUUACCCCUUUGGUUGAAAGUGGCUUGGUCAUUGGUGGAAACUUUAUUAAACAUGCACGAACGAGAAGUGACGAGUUAAAAUUUCCGUCGUUUCGCAAACAGUUGCCUUCUGUUAUUCAAAACAAUUCAAUAAUUAAACGAGCCUUUGACGACUUGGGUUUGAACAUGGCAACUUACCAAACAACAUUUGAACAUCAACGUUUGCCACUUGGUAUGGAAUUCACAGAAGAAGCGAUUGAAUUCAUGCGAAAUAACGAUGAAUUUGUGCAGUAUUAUCAUAAUUAUUAUAUCGAAGAUCGUCAUUUCAAAACGUUUCGAGAAAUGGUGCAACAACGAAUUCAUCAUGGUGAAAUCAUCCAAAAAGAAAAUAAAGUUUAUUCAAAUGAUCCUGUCCUUAUCAGCAGCUAUCGAUCAGAACUUUCCCGUCAAAGCAACACGUCUCAAGCAAAUGUUUCUUUUUCUGUCGAUACUGUGACAAUAGAAAAGAGUAUUGAAACUAAGUCAAGCAAUGGAAAUGAUGAAGUAUUAGCAAUUGAUUCAGAAGCUAUGGAAGUGAAUAAUCAACGAGAUCAUGCCAUUUUCAACAAGACGAUCGAAGUCGAAAGCUCUUCUACUGAAUCAAUGUUAACAUCAGCUGGCAAUUUACUUUCAGAAGUACGAUUAUUAACAGCACAUGUGAAUUCGGACUGUUCUUUUGACAACAAGAUUAAAGAUUCAGUACGAACAGAUGAUGUUGAACCUGACAUCAUUGUGGCAACAAAUUCAACAAUUACGAUUGUUCGAGAAUCGGAUGUAAAUCUUGUCGAUUUCGAAGAAACAGAAAAUCAUGCAUCUUCUGAAAAUGAUCGAUCGGCAAACAAUCACCAGUCUAGAUGUAUUUCAACGCAAUUUGGUCCAGUUGUGACAAAAAAACAAAAUAGAGAGAAUGAAAAUCUCAGUGAACCAUCACUCAAUAUGUCACGAUCGUUUGUUGGUGAAAUAAUGUUAUCACAAAGUAUUCCACUUAAUGAUGCAACAAAUGAAAUGGAACCACGGUAUGUAGAUGCAGAUGAAUCAGGGUCUGAAAAAAGUAAAAAACGUGGUCGUCCAAUUUCGACAAAUACGACGUCACAAAAAUGGUCAUCCGAAGAGGUGAAUAAUAUGAUUAUCGAUCCAAAAUCCUUUGUUGUUUGGAAAUCAAUUAUUAUAAAACGUCAAUUCAUUCUUGGUACUGCAACGGAUUUAUUCAAAAUGAUACCGUCGAGAUUAUUCGAUGAAACAUCAAGAUUAAAACUGAUUGACUUUUUGCUUAUGAAGAAAUUGCUGGUGAGAGGUGAUUGGUUUUGUGAUUCAAAAGGCACAUCAGUUGCUGGUUAUAUCAAAGGAAGUCCUCCAAAUCCUGAAGUAUCGAUGAGUUUAGCUGAAUUUGGACUGGAUAUCGAGGAAUACAAAUUUUCAUUAAAUCCAAAUGGUCAUGGAAAACGAAUGAUUGGUGGCAAAUUGAGAAAUCAAUCAUUUUCAUUUAGUACUUCAUUAAAUGAUCGAAUUCGAAAUGACGAAUGGUUUAAAGAUAAUCUGGAAAUUGACGAAAAAUUUAUGUAUGUGACAACAGCAUUAUCACAAACAACGUCGAAUCUCCAGGUUGAUCAAUUUCAACAACAGCAAAAAGAUAAAGCUUAUCGAGCUUUGACAGCCAAACGAAAGAAGGUGGAUGAACUACAAAAAGAAACAACACAAAUAUAUGGCACGGAUAUACCGGCGAAACGUAAACGUAAACCAAAGAUUCGAGAAGAUUAA